CACCUCUAUGAGUGUAGUUGAUGAACAUGAAAUGAGAAAUGAGAUAGUUGGCAAGGAACGUCACCUGCGGGCCGAAUAUGGCUUAUGCAGUACGCGAAAACUGAUGACGUGGAAGACAAAUGUCUGACUGUACAGUACUGCAGGGGGAAAUAUCUAGAUACUAAUGAUGGAACUAUUUAUAUAUGAUUUCACAUGUAAAGUUUGUAUUAAUUAGCCGCCAUAUUGUAUAGGAAAUUAAAGACAAGGGUUAUACCGGGGAUAUUAAAUUGGAACUAUACUAAUUAUUAGAUCGAAACCGAGGUGAGUGACUUUAUUUAUCUACAAUAUGAGUACCGAAGAUCUUGCACGUUCACGGGAAGGAUCUAAAGAGCCAGAAGUUAUAUGUGCUGUAUGUUUAAAAUUUGAACCUCAAGCCUGGCGGAAGAAAUUUUGUAAAAAUUGUUUCCAUUCUUCAGAUGAACAUUCGACAGACGGCGAGAAAGAAACGGGUCACGAAAAGUUAGAUACUGAGAAAAAUUUAUUAAAGAAAGCCGAAGACAAUGAAACUACAGACAAGAAAUUUGAUAAAAUUUUGAAAGAUAAAUUAGCAAAAGACGAUAAGAACAAAUCGAAUAAACCUUCUACUGAUAAACCAAAUUCUGAAAGUGAUAAAACUCCACAAAAACAUGAUCUUAAAACGUCUUCAAUUGCCGACAAAUUUAAUAAAAAGAUUACCGGAAGUGCACUUUCUGAGAAAGGAAAAACUGAAACAAGCACAAAAGCAGCAGAAAAGCAGGACGAUAAAGAUCUAAAUUCAGUUACUAAUAAACUAAAGGGAAAGUUCGAAAUAGACAAGAAACCAAACGACAAAACAACUGGCGUCAAAGACGGCAAAGUUGACACAAAAACAUUCGACAAACCAGAAUCAAAACCAGAUAAUGAUAAGACUAAACUAUGGGGAAGUAAAUCAAAAUUCGAGCAGAAAAGUAACGAAAAAGAAAAUAAAACCGAUUCCGAAAAGAAAGAAAUUGAAAAGACGAAAACUGUAAAUGAAGAAAAGUCGAAAACAUGGGGAGCAAAAUCAAAAUUUGAACCGAAGUCACAAGACGUUAAGGACGAAAAGAUAGGUGGCGAAAAGAAGGACGAGAAAAAGGUUGGGGACGAUGAGCAUAAAACAGGAAUCAAACAAUUUAAGCCCCCGGAAAAACCGGAUACAAAAAUUAAAUGGAAGAAUGCGUGGGGUUCCACUUUGGCGAAUAAAAAACAAGAUGAUUCAAAGAAGGACGAAACAUCGGAAGAUAAAUUGAAAAUUGAGGGGAAGGAGAAUGAAAGUGGAAAGGAUUCAAUAAGAUCAAAAUUUGAGUCUAAAGGAACAGGCAACCUAUUUGGCGUUACUAAAAAAACUGAAUCCAGCAUCAAAGACAAAAUUGAAGAAAAACCUAAAGCUGAGGAGAAAAAGGAAGAAAGUACAAAGAAAGCAGAGAGCAAAGACAUAAAAGAAGAUAAAGGAAAGUCAUGGGCUAACAGAAAUUUAAAAGAAAGUGAUAAAUUGAAAGAAACUGAAAAAUCUAAAUUCGGUGAUAAAAACAUUCCAAAAGAAAUUGAGAAAUCCAAAUUUGGUGAUUUAAAAGAUAAUACUAGAUCGAAAUUUGGGGACAAUAAAAUGACAACUUCUGUAAAAGAACCAGAAAAAGCUAAAUUUGGUGACAAAACCGCAGUAAAUAAAGAACCCGAGAAAUCCAAAUUCGGUGACAAUAGAGCAAAUUUGUUUGAACAAAAAAAUACAUUGAAAGACAAAACUGAAGAAUUAAAAAAGGCCGAAAACGAUAUAAAAAAGAAAGAAGACGCAAAAGAAAAGACUGAUGACUCCAAAUCCAAACUUGACGACAAAAAAACAAGUCUAUGGGGUUCGAAAUCAAAGUUUGAAACCAAUAAAAUCGAUAAAAUCGAGGAUAAGAAAACAAAUAAAUUCAACAUCGAAUUAAAAAAAUCGGACGGUAAAAUUUCAAAACCACCCGAUGAUAAAUCAGGAGGGAUAGAAACGAAAUCUGAAAUAGAGAAUAAGAAAAAUGAAAAGUUAGAAGGAAAGUUAAAACUUGACAUUAAAAAGGCUGAAAGUGUAAACACGUCUGGAAAAGACAGUGGACAGUCCGUAUCUGAUUGGCGAAAGGAAAAGUACGAAAAGUUGUCUAAAACACCAACAACAGCAACUACACCUAGUACAAUUCUGGAUAAAAAGGCAUAUUCCCGUAGCAAGUCAGACACUUUGGUUACAGACAAAGACGAGAAAGAAUCUUCAGUGACGUCAACAACUGUCAAAAUGCAACCAUCAAGUGACAAAAAAGAGCAUAAUUUGUCAUCAAAAUCGAGUGACGUUAAACAAUCAGAGAUUCCAGAUACGCAACGAAAGAUAGGUAGAUCACCCAUCAUCCAACCCACUCAGGAUCAAAAGGAGGAAUUCUCUGGCAUCAAUGAUGAGGUCAAGGACGAAGGAGAGACAACAGCAUCUAAAGAAUCGUUACCGAAAUUAAAUACAGAUGCGAUAAACAAAAUCAAAGAUGCUGCCAAGUUUUUGCUAGAUGAUGAUUUUGAUGACGGUAGAUAUAAUAGCCUGGGUCGAACAACUAGUGGGAAUAAAUCGACACCAUCUCAGCAGGCGACACCAUCAUUACAAUCGUCUGCUAAAUCAGAAGCAGACGAUAAAACAGGGUCACAUAAGAAAUCGUCGGUCCAAGAAAAUAGUUCUGUAUCCAAAAAACAUCAAGGAAAACAUGAUGUUGAAAAUGUUUUCAACGAAAAAUUCAACAGUGAGGCUGAAAAGUUGAGAAAACAAUUGAAACAAAUGGAAGAAAGAUGCAUUGAACUUGAAGAGGAAAAUAAAAAUCUGAAAAAUGGCUUAUUGGAAAACGAAAAACAUUCCGGACGGUUAAUAAAACAGAAACAGGAUGUUGAAAAUCAAAUCAAAGUUUUACAGAAGAAUUUGUCGUCUUUAGAAUCAAAAUGUUCAAAAUUUGAAACCGAAAAUAUAAAUUUGGUAGAAAGAAUAAAAAAAGUUCAGUCUAAAUCUUCAACAACUGAGGACCUCAAAUCAGCCCAUAUGGAGGAAUUAAACUACCUGAAAGAGAGGCUUGGCAAGGGUGAAAAUAUUGUGGACGAAUUAAGAGAUGAUAAUGAAAAUCUAAAACAAGAAAUUUUGGACUUGAAAUCUGAAAUGGAAGAAAUGUACGACACUUUUCGUGACCAAGAAGCAGAGGAGUUCCGAGAAAUUCAAAAGGAAAUGGAAAUGCACGCUAAAAACUGUCGGGUUUUAAGUUUCAAAUUGAGAAAAUAUGAACGCCAGAAUGAUCAAUAUGAGGCAGAAAAAGAGAAUUACGAGGAUAAAAUUCAAUCAUUACAAAAUCAAAUAUCUGAUGGAGAUACGAGAUCUCACAUACGAGAUGUCGAAGACGAACUGAGGCUGGCAAAGGAAGUAUCUGUCCGACUACAUGACGAAUUAGACAUUUUAGAAGAAAAAAAGUGCAAGGUUGAAGACGAAAACCAUCAGUUAACUCAGAUUCUAGAACAGUCGGACAAAAAACAGUUCAAACUUGAAAUGGAGGUUGACAAACUCAGGGAUCAGACAGCAGAACUGAGAAAAAAGAUAUCAGAAAAAUCCACCCCCGGUACACCUGUGUCUCAGGAUGAUAUUAAGGAUCGUCGGGUUUUGAUUGGACGUAUUGGUCCACAAGGCAGUCAAGAACAAGACAUGUCGCAACUAACGCGAGAUUUGUUUGACAGCAUGGAACGCGAGACAGAUUUAAAAGACCAACUUCAAUUUGCAGAAGAAGAGGUAAAGGACCUCCGAAGGAAAAAAGACGAGCUUGAUGAGGAAAAUGAAAAUUUAAGCGUCCAGUUAAAAAAGAUGUCUGCCUCUAAAAUAACGAAAUAUAAGGACAGCAAAAAAAUGGAUGACCCUGAUUUUACGGAAGCGGAAAUAGAGUUGAAAGUUCAUUUGGAAUUAAAUGAACAAGAACUAAUGGUUGCCCGACGUAAAAUACAAGAUCUAGAAAAUGAAAAUGAAAAUUUGUUAGAGCAGUCUAAAGUUUUGAAAGACGAAUUAUCACAUAAGGAACAUCUACUGGCUCUUCCACAACCACCACUCUCUCCAAACACCUAUUACGAAGAGAGGUUGAAGGAAAUGAAUUUCGGAACUGAUGAACUGAGAUGGAAAAUAAUCGAAAAAGACCGAGAAAUCGAAAAACUGUCUGCAGAAGUAUUACAAACUCGCCAAUCAAAACUGCGUAAAAGUCGAUCGCUUGAAACUGAUUUCUAUGGAGAACGUAAGAAACUUUUAGAUCUCGAUUUGUCAGAAAAUGUUGAUUUUAGAGAUAAAGUAAUUAGUGAAGCACGCGGUACACAUUCUCCAGAACAAUUACAGCAUCACAAGCCAUAUACAACUUGUAAUGACAGCAGAGAUAAUAAGAAUCAAGAAAUAAAUAAAUCGCCCGAUGAUGGAAUCAAUUCUUCUUUUGCCAUUCAAACUCAGUUUUAUUCUAGAAGUAAGUUAAGAGAACCGUCAAACUAUUUGAAUCAAAGCUUUUCCAACGAUCACUUGGAACAGCUUAAAACGUUACAAGAUAGCGUUGAUAACUUACAAGAGAAAAUAACUAAAUUGGAAGCAGAAAAUGUGACUUUGAAAGAAAAGUUAACACCGGAAACGGAAGAUACAGAAGGGGAGACAAGAGAAGAAUUGAUGGAGAAAAUACUAGACAUGGAAGAUGAUGCUGAGAACCUGGCUUCAGAACUAAAGAAAAAAGAUGCAGAGAUAAAGUCGUUACAGACUGAAGUUACGUCACUGAAGAAAACGGUAGAAAUUAAGGAGAGUGAUUUCCGUAGAAAGGAAUUGGAAUUAUUACGUGACCUUGACUAUGCUCAGGAGAAAAGUGAUGUGUUAAGUAACCUCUUGGAUAUUGUCAAGGAUCGAGCAGAUGCUGCGGAAGCAGAAUUAGAACGCCUUGCGGAAGAAUGUAGAUCUACAAGUGCAGCUUCAGAAAAUAGUGCACGAACUGUCAGUGUAUUAAGUGACAUCAGUUUCGGAAGUGACGAAGUUUUCGUUGAAGGUGCAUCACGGGAAAGUUCAGCGCCUGGUUCCCCGGAGUCAGCGAGCAGAAGAAAAGUAAUACAUAAAGACUGGGAGGGACAAUUUCGUAAGAGAAUCCAUUGCCUCGAAAGAAUACUGGCGGAAGAGCGUCAAAAACUGGCAGCUUCAGAGAAGAAACUAGCUUUAGUUUCCACGGAAACGCUUUCCACAGCAAUGUCUGACGACGCUAAACUUCAUGAAAGAGAAAAAGAAAUCCUUCAUAGUGAUCUGCAAGAAACAAAGAAACAUUUGAGGAUAGCAAGCGAUCAAAUCCAUGGGCUAAAGGAAAGAAUUGGGUCGCUAGAAGAUGAAAAUAGCAGACUGAAGAAUUCAUUUUGGGAAAAUCAGCCUUUAGACGAUGACGACAGGACCCUCUCUGGUAGUAUAGAUACUGUCUUGUCAGUCGGAACACCCUCUGGAAGCAUCGAUACAGUCUUGUCUGUUGGAUCAUCAGAGCGAUUAAACGAGGAUGUAGGGGACAGUGACGACAAUAUCGACACCAUCGUCGAAAACGAGGCUAGUGACAAAGAAGAUAUAGAAUAUUUCCGGAAAAGAGUUGCAAGUCUUGAGGCUAGAUUAGAAGAGGCAAAUGACAUAUGGAAAUCUAAAAGUACUGCUACAGAAAAAGAGAAACUUGAAUUGGAAGAAGAAUUAUCCAAAUUGACAGAAAUGUGUGAUCAGCUCCGAGUUGCAUCGAACAGUUUCAAAAUGCGAGAAGACAAGGAUAUAAAACUUAAUAAGGAAUUUAGUAAUACGAUUAAGGAGAAGCAAUCGAUGCUUGACAGAAAAGAUGAUAUAAUUCAAGAACACGUGGACAUUAUUAAACAAAGAGAAGACGACUUACAGCAACUACUGGAUCAAAUUUCUCAAAGGGAUAACAACAUCCGGGAGUUGCGCGAAAGUGUGCGCAGUCGUGAUGAUAGAUUAAAAGAAAAAGAUGAAAUAUUACAAAGUCUUAAUAAUGGUACCGAUGAGAAGCAAGAAGAAAUUAAUUUUCUUAAUAGUGAAAUGUCUGACAAUAUCUCUCAAAUAAAAGAAAAAGAUGAAAAGUUAAAAGAACUUACAGAACGAAUAGAAAGUUACGAAAAUAAUAAGAAAGAGUCAAAUAUUCAAAUAGAAAACGAGCGUUUGAAACUAGAACUUGAAGAUAUGGCUUACAGUAUUGGAAAAGUGCAUACCGAUAAUAAUACGUUACAAACUGAAAUGGAGAAAACCAAACAGGCGUUGAGUGAAGCAAUGGUUUUGUGGAAUAAAGAUCGUUCUACACUAGGCCAAGAAUUAACCGUAGCUAGAGAGAAACUAUCGAUAUAUGAAGCUUCGAUCGAUAAAAAGGAAAGUCAAGCAGCGCAAAUGAUGAGAAAAGAAACUCAUAAAUGUUUAGAACAAAGAGAAAAAUUACAACAUGAGUUAAGGAUCUUAAAAGUGGAACAUGAUGCAAAUAUUCGAACUUUGAAAAAUGAAAAAUUGAAACUACAAGAUGAGCUUACUCAAACAAUACGUCAACUGACAACUGAAAUGAGUAAUAAUGAUAAGAUGGCCUCUGAUUUAGAAAGACUUAAAAAUCAGGAGGAAGUCGCCUUCCAAAUACAGCACCACGAAAAGGUCUUACGUGCAGAAUAUAUGGCAAUGAAAGUCAGAUUCGAAACGAGGCUUGAAAACUUACAGAAGGAACAUUCGAGGCUUCUUACCAUCUUAGACCAAAUGCAGCAUGAGAAAGUUUUAAACCAUGAAAUCAUUAAAGGAGUUCAGAAACAAAUGUCUUUAAUGAAGGAUAACUACCAUAAAAACUUAGAAAAAUCGAAGGAGCAAAGUGAAACACUUGGACGUCAUAUCAAAGAGCUUGAAGGAGCACGUGAUCUAGCUAUGGAUUUACAGAAGAAAGUGGAGUCUCUAAAGCGUCAGCUCGAGGACCAGGAGUACGAACGUGCUGAACUUGUUGACAAAAUCACAGCGCAAAGAUCGGAGUGGGAAAUAGAAAGAUCGAAUAAACAAAGCAAAAUCAAUCAACUUGAGGAACGACUAGCCAUGAUAAACAAUGCUCAGUCAAGAACAAAGGACAUGCAGUCUAGAAUGGAGGUGGCUUGGAACAGAGAAAGAGCAGAACAGAAACGUCUCCUCUCAGAGGCACACAAUCUAGCCAUGGAUCUACAACAGCAGCUCAAGGGUCGAGACGACGAACGGCUUCAUGAAAAACGAGCUUUGUUAGAACAACUUAGGGUUCUUCGAAAACAACUUGACGAAGAGCAAAUAAACCACCGAGAACAGCAGUCAAAGUCAGGGACAAGAGAUGAACAAUUGUGUGAUUUAGAACGGAGGUUGAAGGAAGUUAAAGACAAGGCAGAGAAAGAACACGAAUCUUCACUCAAAGACCAGGCUGACUUAGUUCGACGUCUUGGGGAGAUGAGAAGACAACAUAAACGAGACCAGAGAAUGAUGGAAGAUGUGUUGAGCGGGUUGACAAGACUCCGUGAACUAGCAUCAAUUGUAGUGGCAUCAGAGAAUAAUGUCGAGGUAUCUGACAAUGAACUAGAACAAAGACUUGAGACACUUGAGACAAAAGGAGACGUUGGAGCUGCAGCGUCUGAAGAGACUGCAAUCCACACAGAAGACAUAAGACAACGUAUAAAUGACGUUGUGUUAAACUACAUCAAAGAGGCAUUGAAGGAAAUACACUUUGCAGCUGAAAACAUUGCUCGGCCCAGAGAUAUAUCUGAAGAACAACGCAAACAAAUGAGAAGUUCUUCAACAAAUUGCGAAAACCACGAACGCAACAUAAGGAGUCUGUCGAGUUCUGAACUCGACUCUCUGAAAGAAGAUUUUGUUACUGAAACAUUGGGAACUAAAGAGCUUGAAUUCCUGAAGCAAAAGUAUGGACCUAUUACACCAGACAGUCCAAUAAAAUACCAAAGAAGCGUUAGUGGUUCGAAUAUGAGAGAAGAAACAGAAGAAAUUCUCCCUGGUAUCCAAAUGGGUUCAAUGGCCGACAGAAGACACAACAUCAUGUCAACAGUUCACAAGGAACAGGGACUCACGACAAAGUUCCCGGAUCCUCCGCCGAGCUUUUUACUUCCGCGUUGCAUAAAUUCAACACUUUCGUCUUCACAAACAGUUACAAGAUAUUCAAAAGAAACAAAUAAAGCAUCGACUGUAAGACCAAUUCCAAAAAGUAUCUCUAUUGACACCUGUCUUUUGAAAGCAAUAAAGAUGUCUCCUCAGGAAAGUGCUCAAUCUAGUUUACCACAUUCUCCUGUUUCACUAGAGACAACGACACAUUGUAGUUUUCAGCAGAAUUUAACACCAAUUCCGGUUACUCAUAUAGUACCCUCGAAAAACGCUUUAUCUGCUAGUGCAGAAACCGUCACGCCUAAAACUGCAAGACGACAAUUUUUCGCUGAUAAUGUUUCAGAACCUAGUGUUCAUCGCCCAUGGCCUGGUCGCAGUCGGAGUCAUGAUAGUGUUUCUAAACGAGAAAAAGAAGGCAUUGUUGGUAAUAUUGGAAAAGACAAAGACGAAACUAUGUCUGAAAAUUCGUUAAACGAAAAUGUUGACGUAUAUGUAAAUCUGUCCUCUGAUAUAGACGACCAAGUGCAGCUACAAGAAGGAGAUGAUAUACUUUCUCCUGUCAAGGAAUCAAAAAGUGAUAAAAAGAAAAGAAAAGCAGCAACAAGGUCUAUAAGUUUAGACAGUUCAUCGGUGAAAAAGACACUUGCAAAAGCUGGAGUGUCGGUUAUGUCACCAGCAGCACCUUCCGCUCUUACUCCAUCGGAUAUAUUUGCAGCUGUAAAACGUAAAUUUAGGACGAAUAUAAAACGUUCCUCGUCUUUAUCAGAGAAAGAACUGCACUCAGUUAGAACUAACGGAUCCCAUAAUUCUAGUAGUACAUCUACUAUUUCUAAAACCGAUUCUAUUCAAGAAAUGAAAAAUACAUUCGAACCUCCUCUCUCAGGCUUACCUCCAAAAUCAAUACUCAUUCCACCACCAACUCCACCGAUUUCCUCCAUGCAGAGGAAGGUAUUACCUUUGAUGGCCGAUGAAAUCACAAAAACAAAAAGGGCACGAGAAGACAAGAAAGACAAAUCUAAAAAGAGACAGCGAUCCAAGUCUGCAGAGCGAGCUCGAACAGGUCCAUCUUUUCUUGAGCAACCAAUUGUUCGACAAGACAUUAUUCCACAGACAAGAGUGUUAGGAUUUGAAACAUCCGUAUAAUAAAACACUUAAUGACCAUAGAUAAAAUUCUGAAUAUUUUUUAGCGUUUUAUCACUUCUAUCAAGAAAAAAAAGAAAUUUACAGUUGUCUUUAUUAUGGAACCUUAAAUAAUUAACAAGUAUGACACCAUUUAUUUAUAAUUCCAAACUUAAUUAACAAUAUUGUAAGCAAAGGAAAUAACUGAAUAUGAAUAAGAAGAAAAAAAUAUAAAUUCCACAUACGUUCACAUGUAAUAUGAUGGUUUGCAAAUAAUUCGAUUACUACAAUACUAAAAGACGACAAAAA